CAAAACUUUGUAUGUGUAUGGCGUUUCGAUACUACCAUCCACUACACAUUUGAGGGGGUAGUUUACCUUUCUCUAGAUUUUCGAUAGCCACUUAUCGAAAGCCGAGCACUUAAGAGAGUUUUGCUGUCCGUAUUCUACUUCAUCAUACACCGCUCGUGCGUAUCACUCUUAUAGUAAAUGUUAGAACCGGAGAAAGUACUGACGUGCAGUUGGCCAGCUAAUAUUCAAAAUUAUUUCCAAAUAAAAUGCACCAUGGAAAAAGCGCAGUUUCGCAAUCCAGCACAAGGAAAUCGAGUCGUCGCAAAUCGUUCACCAGUACAACUGCUCGUUCUAAACGUGCGGUAACUGAUAUAGCAUCAGAACCAGGUCUUAAAGAUGAUACACGAAAGGAGCAGCGCCUGUUCUUUCCAGUUGCUAAAGUGCGUGAUAUCAUUUUAACUUCUCUAAAAACUUUCAUUACGAAGUCAAACGACAAUUCUAAUGUUUCCAUAGAUGCCCCAAAACCCCAACAGAAGAUGGCGCUACAAAUCAGCGACGAUAUAAAAGAGAAAGUAAAAAGCCUUUUUCGAGAAACGGAAAACAAUAGGUACAAACUCGUAGUGUACGUUAUAAUUGGAGAAACUUCACACACUGAUUUUAUCUGUGCAAGUCGCUUCAUGUGGGAUAAAACUGUGGAUAAUUUUGCCGAAGCCAACUUUCGGUGGAAGAAUGUCUUCGCUGUAGCAAUGGCAUACGGGGUUUACUUUGAUUAAAAGAAACCGUUUGUAUAUUGUGCUUACAAUAAAAAUAUUUCUGGUUACGCAAAAGUUUCAAAAGUAUAUAUACAUUUACUUGACCAAGUUACUUUUUAAAAUAUCGUUCAGUAAUUCAACUGCUUAAAGUUCUUAAUUGUUUAAUUUUAAUAUUGAAUUUACUGUGACGUAAUACAAGCGACUUGGCUAACAUAACCUUGCUGACUAUAACAUGUAGGUUAUAUCAGAGCCAUAGAAAUACCGAGUAGUCCAACCCAUUGUUACGUAAAAGACAAAUUGAACGGCAAUUUGGGUCCAAAAUAACACAGUAG